AAUUCUGAGCUGGGGCACUUUACUAUGAGGCUGCAAAUGGAACAGAUGUGCUUGCUGUGAAUUUCUGUAGUGUCUGGACUUUUUGUACCAAAGGUGAUAACACUUCUGUUCCUGUGAUUUUUUUUUCUUCUUUUAUUUUUCACAUAUUUUUCCAUAAAGGGAAUGAAAUGGAGAAGUUGAAGAAAUACGUACCAGUGAAAGAUGAAGAUCAGUUUUAUCAUCAGGGAGCUGUGGAGCUGCUAGUCUUUAACUUUUUGCUCAUUCUUACAAUAUUAACAAUUUGGUUGUUUAAAAACCAUCGAUUCCGCUUUCUGCAUGAAACUGGAGGAGCUAUGCUUUAUGGCCUCGUAAUGGGAUUAAUUAUACGAUAUGUGACAAAAGCAUCAGAUGUAGAAAGUGGAACAGUUUAUGAAUGUGAAAAGCUGAAAUCUGGGCCAUCCACUCUGCUUAUUAAUAUAACAAAUCAGGUCUAUGAAUAUCAAUACAAAAGAGAGAUCAGCCAUCACAAUGUCAAUGGACACCAGGGCAAUGCAAUGCUUCAAAAGAUGACCUUUGAUCCUUCCAUCUUCUUCAAUAUUCUGCUGCCACCCAUUAUAUUCCAUGCUGGAUAUAGUUUAAAGAAGAGACAUUUUUUUCGCAACUUAGGAUCGAUUUUAACCUAUGCCUUCUUGGGAACUGCCAUCUCCUGCAUUGUCAUAGGGUUGAUAAUGUAUGGCUUUGUGAAGGCCAUGGUACACAUGGGCCAGUUAAAGCAAUGGGAAUUCCACUUCACUGACUGUUUAUUUUUUGGAUCACUGAUGUCUGCCACAGAUCCAGUGACAGUUCUUGCUAUUUUCCAUGAGCUGCAUGUGGAUACAGAUUUAUACACGCUCCUGUUUGGAGAGAGUGUCCUAAAUGAUGCUGUGGCCAUAGUGCUGACAUACUCUAUAUCCAUUUACAGUCCAAAGGAGAAUCCUAAUGCUUUUGAUGCUGCUGCUUUCUUCCAGUCAAUGGGAAAUUUCCUGGGGAUCUUUGCUGGAUCAUUUGCCAUGGGAUCCUCUUAUGCUGUUGUCACAGCUUUAUUGACAAAAUUUACAAAGCUGUGUGAGUUUCCUAUGUUGGAGACAGGUCUGUUUUUCCUGCUAUCCUGGAGUGCCUUCUUAUCAGCAGAAGCCGCUGGGCUUACAGGUAUUGUUGCAGUCCUUUUCUGUGGAGUUACACAGGCCCAUUACACCUACAACAAUCUGUCACCAGAUUCCAAAAUGAGAACUAAACAGUUGUUCGAGUUCAUGAAUUUUUUGGCUGAGAACGUCAUCUUCUGUUACAUGGGACUCGCACUAUUUACAUUUCAAAAUCACAUCUUCAGUCCUCUUUUUAUAUUUGGCGCAUUUGUGGCAGUUUUUGUAGCAAGAGCAUGCAACAUAUACCCACUUUCUUUCCUUUUGAAUUUGGGUCGAAAACAAAAGAUUCCCAGGAACUUUCAGCACAUGAUGAUGUUUUCAGGUUUACGUGGUGCAAUAGCAUUUGCAUUGGCAAUUCGAGACGCAAACUCCCAGCCCAAACAAAUGAUGUUUACCACAGCACUGCUAAUUGUGUUUUUCACAGUCUGGGUGUUUGGUGGGGGCACGACACCAAUGCUCACCUGGCUUCAGAUCAGAGUUGGUGUAGAUCCAGAUGAAGAUCUUAAAGCUGAAGCUGCAAGCCAGAGUGCAUCUAACUUGGAUAAAAAUACAACCAAAGCUGAGAGUGCGUGGCUGUUCAGAAUAUGGUAUGGCUUUGACCAUAAAUACCUAAAACCUAUCUUAACCCACGCUGGUCCACCCCUCACAACAACAUUACCUGAAUGGUGCAACCCUGUUGCCAGGAUUCUGACCAGCCCCACUGCAUAUGGGGAUCCACUCAAGGAUGGUGACACAGAUUAUAUCAUAAAUAAUGAUGAAUUGACCGAAAACUAUGAAUCGUCUGCUCACAUACCAGUGCCAGCACGGGACAGGACAGGCUCCACCCAGGCUACAGGCAAGGAAGAUAUUCAAGAAGGAGAUCUGGGAUUAGGAGGGUACAAACUCCAGCUUCAACCCCAGAUAAAUUCCCUGGCAUGAACAGGGAAACGUUAAUGACAAGAAAGAAGACUAAAACAAAGAAGCAAAAGAUCCUAUUAUGUGAACAAGAGGCCAGAAAAAUGUACUAAGCACAAAAAUCAAAGACAACUCAGAUUUCACCAAAUAAAUGCCUGCUCCUCCCAUAAAAGUAGUUUACUAUCAUCAAUGUAGUUUACAUUUACAACAAUGUGCAGGUUUUCUGACUUCAGCAGAUGUAGGACAGUAUCAGCCCGCUGUAAAUACAGUACGGUCAUGUGUUGACUGUACCUCUCCCCUCACAUGUACCCAGGCCUUUGAAUGUUGCUUAGAGUCUUCAGCAAGUUGGAAUGGAGAGAAAUAGCUUCCUGCUCACAUGAUGACAGCUCUUCUAUACAGCUGGUCCUGAAAAGAUCCACAGUUAGCUACUACUCCAGUAGUACUUCAGCCUUGAUAGAUAAAUCUCCCUCAUGCUCACAAUACAGACUUUUCCUGACAACCAGCCAAAUGUCUUCUAAAUGCACAUAUAGCCUAGUCCAUACAGGGUUUCACCAUGCAGCCUCCAACUGAAUAUCGACAGUAGGAGGCAUUGAAGUCCAUAAAAUCAGCAACAAACACCCUUUUAGGGCAGCACUGAAUGGGCAUGACCACUAUUUAAACAGCAGUUAUUCCUCAAAGCACUUGUAGUUAGGGCCUGGCAACACACAAAGCUUACAUGGUGGGAAAAGUUUUGUUGUUUUCAAAGAUCAUUCUAAACAUAUGUUUUGAUUUAACUGUUUCUGUUGUUAUUGUUCAAAGGUAGUUGUUUCUAAUCAUAUAUUUCUGCAAAACAGCUAUUUCUUAAGACUGUCUGCUCCAAGGACAAACUUGUCUCUCUCUAGUUAAGCUGGGCACUCAAUAUCACACUAGCAAUGAGGAGAGUGGUGGUUAGAUAUUAAAAAAAAUUCCCAAGAGGAGAGUUUAUGUAUCAAAGUAUUAAUUCUGCAUAAACACAGUAACUGGAUGAACAGCUGGUCAGCCAUACAUACAGCUAAGCUGCCAUAUACUGCUAUCAAGCAUUAGUACAGAUCAGCUUUGGCACACAUCAGCUAAGCAAUGCAAAACCAGGGAUAGAGCCAGGCUUUCGUUAGAGCACGUGCCUUUUCCCACCACAGAAGUUUCAACUAACUAUGCAUGAUGAUAUUCGUACUAAGUCAAAGCAUCAGGAGUUGUCAAGUAAGAUGCUUCUUAGCAUACAAAGACAAUGGGCAAGCAAGAAAUUUGAGAUCUAAAAGAAUAAAAAUCAAGCCAUCUCCAUUAAUAGUCCUAAAGCUGAAUAUGUCUUGAUUUCAUCACAGAUAGAACCUGAAAUACAAAUGCAAAUAUAAUCAAGUUUUAGUUAUCCUUUUCCAGGCUAAUUAAUUUCUGGUUAAAAGUGACUAUUAAACAGCCAUUUUAAGCAUAAAUUUGAACACUGAAGCUCUACGUGCUGUUAUGAAAGAUCAGAAGCUUAAACUGGCAUUUUAUUUUCCCCUAAACACUAAUCAAGGAGCUUCAAAGGAUCUUAAUCCCAACGUGGUUUAAAACAAAUAAUAUUCAGGCAUGAUAACAAGUUCUUAGAAGAACUAAUGAAUUUCCAACUCCAUGCUUUGCUUUGUUUAGCUGCAUGAGGUGGGGAAAGAUGCACAGCAGGUUGCAAGCAGGGAUGGAGAAUGGAUAAGGAGGUAAGGUUUUAUGGGCAAGUACUGUGCACUGCAGAGCAUGCCCUGGGAGACAAAAGAGAACACAGGCAGCAUAGGCAGGCAGAGACACACUGCAGUGAGGUGAAUAUGUGGCAACACAGAGAGAAGGUAUUCUCGUAGAUGGGCGCUAACACAGGCCUGACUUCAGCAGCCAGACUUUCUGAUUUCAAUCUUCAGAAGUAUUGAGUGCAAGUCAGGCGGCUUCUUAAGCUUCUUGGGAAGCAUGGAUCCCAGUCUUUACAUUAUAGUGGAAAUCAAUAAACUGCUGUAGUAUUAUGAAGAUGCAAAGCUGUAUUUCACAAUUGCUACACGAACUGGAAAUGACAAGCUCUUCACCAACAGUUCUGCUCUUAUACUCUACUCUGAAAUGCACCCUCCAGCAUAUUGUAUGGGGUUUUUACUGAUUUAUUUAUUGUGCCUAUGCCCAGAUUUCUCACAUUUGUGCAAUGUGAUAAGUGGAGAGCUCUGGGGUCUGAAAUUCUCUGUUUGUAAAAAAAGUCUGUAGCAAAUACUUUUCACACUGUUCUACCCAGAUGCCUUAAAGGGCUACUUUACUUGGUAAAGAAAGUCAUCCCUUCUGACAGAGAAGUCAUACUUCCCAUCUUCACAGGUCAGAUUUUUAUGCUAAGACUAUCAAGAGGCUGAAUCAAUGGUCCCAACAGGAUGGGUACCAUGCUCAACAACUGAAGUAUCACUGGCUUUUAGGAAAACUACUAAUACGAGCUACAAGCAAACCUGAAGCUUCUACUAAAUAGCAAUAAGAGUCUCAAUUGUCCAUUAUGCUGUUCAGCCUUCCUAUUUCCUAAUUUUAAGGUAUUCUUUUCAUGACAUGCAGAUCAAGAGAGUUAAAACAACAUUAGAACAGAUGAUAUAUUUGCAUUCAAGAAGAAAUUACAACUAGUAAUUCUGCAUGACUUUAAACAGAAAUGGAUGUUAAGAGAGGCCUUUAAUGUUAAUUUACAGUUCAUACACGGGAGAUUUAAACUACUCAAUAUCACAUAGUGUUUGACUGAAUGUGCAAGUCACUCGUGAUAAAUGUGAAGCUACUCUUCAUAUCUGAGUUAAUCUAAUAAAACAGUGCUUGGAAAAUGAAAUGUAAUAUAUACUGUCAAAAUGUAGUGACUACAUACUGAGUAUGAGGCCAAAAUUAUAGGAAAGGUGGAUAUCUGCAAUAUUACUAAACCUUUCAGGUUUCAGAAGCAAUAACUGAAAUAUUAUAUUGAACUGUGGACAGCAUUGGCUAAGGUUGAAAGCAGUGGAAUGAAUUCUGGACAUACAACACAGCCAGACCAGAAAGACACUGUACUAAAAAUAUCAGAUCACUAUGAUAGCUUUCACAGAGAAGUGCAACAUUUGGUAACCCCACUGAAAGCAGGGGCCAGUGAAACUAAACAUCUAUGUAGCUGUAUUAAAAGCUCAAACUUGUCCAUAGUACCACAUCAGGGUUAUCUCCAAACCAAUCAACGCUGUGCAUAAUUUAAGCCACUAAACUCAUUGUAUUGAAGCCCUUAGAGCAGGUCACACCCUUUCCACCUACAACUCAUUGAAGUACCUUGCUGACCCAGGACAGUCUGUUCAGUGGGUCU